AUGUCGCUCCAGGACAUGGUGGAUGCCAGGCAAUGCCCCGUGCGCAGGCCGGGGCACGCGGUGGACAGCGUGGCCAUCAUCCACAUCCCCAAGACAGCAGGCACCUUCUUGCACGUCGCCCUCCAUGCCUUGCUGCCGCAAGCAGGGAGCGGGCGGUGGUGCACGUGGGGGGACGAGGGCACCGGGCGAGACCUGCCGCCCGUCUUCUCCAAUUGCGGCGGCGGCGACCCGGGCCCCGACCACCAAAAGCUGUUUGAGGCCACGCGGAUGGCGUUCACACACAACUGCAGCGGCUUUGCGGCCCACCAGGACGUGGCCUACUUUGACGCGGUGGGCGUGGACUACUCGCGCACGCUCACCCUGACGGCGCUGCGGCACCCCGUGGACCGCGUCAUCAGCGCAUACUUCUACUCGCUGAGGGUGGAUGCCCCCUUCCUGGAGGGCUACAAGCCGCAGAACGACACCGACUUUACGGGCCUGAUGCGGUUUGUGGAGGAAAACCCCAUCGACUCCAACAACCUCAUGACGCAGCACCUGGGCGGCUCGCGGCACUGCAACUGGCCGGGCAUCGCCCCGGCGCCGCCGCGGGAGCAGCGGCUGGAGGCUGCCAAGCGCAACCUGGCCCGCAUCUGCGUCAUCAUCCUGUCGGAAUUCAUGGAUGAGUCGCUGGUGCGGCUGGCCAAGGCGGGCGGCUGGGCGAGCCGGCGGGUGCUGAAGCUGGCGCAGGACCUGGAGGCCGGCAACACCGGCUCCAAAGUGAACGCCACCCCCAAGCCCAAGAUCCCGGUGGAGGUGCGGCUGGCGAUAGAGCGCAACAACCGGGAGGACAUGCGGCUGUACGAGUAUGCGGUACAGCUCUUCCUGCGCCGCUCCCUCACCGCAGACGCGCGGUGA